AUUGUUUCACAUUUCACAAAAUAGUUAAGAGUUUCAUAGCUUCUCAUUUGCUAAAGUCAUAUCAUAGCAAUUGAAAUAUUAUAAUGUCAACUAUAGCAAGAAGAGGAUUUCAUUAUAUGCAGAGAUUAAAUGCUGCAAAUAUAUCACCUGCUUUGUUAGAGAAAGCCCAAAAUCGUGUCAUUGAUGCUGCACUUACAUUUAUUCGUCAAAGAGCAAAAUUUAAGGGAGAACUUAUGCGUUCAUUGGGAGGUGUUGUGGCAACUUCAUCUCUUCUUGGAGUUCCAUUAGGUCAUCAUUCAUCAUUCCAUGAAGGUUCUGCAUUUGCACCUCCUCGUAUUAGGGAAGCAAUUUGGUGUGAUAGCACAAACUCAACAACCGAAGAAGGAAAGGAUUUACGGGACCCGAGAGUGAUAACAAAUGUUGGCGAUAUUCCUAUAGAAGAAAUUCGAGAUUGUGGAGUAGAUGAUGAGAGAUUGGCCAAUGUCAUCACUGAAUCUGUCAAGUUAGUGAUGGAUGAGGAUCCAUUACGUCCCUUAGUUUUGGGGGGUGAUCACUCAAUAUCAUUUCCAGUUGUUAGAGCUGUAUCUGAGAAACUUGGAGGACAAGUUGAUAUUCUUCAUUUUGAUGCACAUCCUGAUCUCUAUCACAAUUUUGAAGGAAACUAUUAUUCACAUGCUUCUCCAUUUGCUCGAAUCAUGGAAGGUGGCUAUGCUCGACGACUUGUGCAGGUUGGUAUAAGAUCAAUAACAAAUGAUGUUCGUGAGCAAGUCAAAAAAUUUGGUGUAGAGACACAUGAAAUGAGGACAUUGUCACAAGAUCGCCCCAUUUUAGAGAACUUGAAACUAGGAGAAGGUGUUAAAGGAGUAUAUGUCUCAAUAGAUGUGGAUUCUCUAGACCCUUCAAUUGCUCCAGGAGUGUCUCACCAAGAACCAGGAGGCCUUUCAUUUAGAGAUAUUCUCAACAUUCUUCAAAAUCUUGAAGGUGAUAUUGUUGGUGGAGAUGUGGUUGAAUACAAUCCACAACUUGAUACUUAUGAUGGUAUGACUUCCCUAGUAGCUGCUAAGUUGGUCAGGGAAUUGGCUGCAAAAAUGUCAAAAUGAUCAUUAAUUUGUUGCUUAAUGUUGUUAUUGAUUAUACUUCAUUUAUUAAAUUAUUCAUCAUUAGUUAAUUAAAGAGUUUUCAUGUGCAAGUGUUUAAUUGCUCAAAAUUGUUGUGCUGUCAAUGCAUAUGAAACAUGCAUGUAUGUCUUAAUUUAUAGCUUGUUUUAAAUGAAUUUAAUGUCUGAAUAA